AUGAAUGGCCAAGUCGAGGGCGAUAGACCAGCGGCGGACUUUUACCUCAUCCCACCGCACCGGGCCACAGCAGACACAGUCUUGACCUGGCCAGUAUUCGCAGAUGCAUACAGCCAAUCGACACUCGUUGGAGCUCACUUCGUGCGCACAGAGCCCGAUAAUUCGGAAUGGGACCCACACACAGACGAGGUUUUUGAAGUGACUGGAUGGUUACGUCAGGUUAAUGAAGAACGUCUAUCUGCAUUAGUCGAGCGGUUUCUACAGAACGUGCAUACUAAGAAUCCGGUGCUGGACGUCGAGCUCCUUCUCCGGGACGCGAAUCGAGUGGCUAGCUACGGCCUUGACUGGCGUCCGGCGUCAUGUCUGGUUCUCCUAGCAGCCGCUUUGGGAGUUAUUUCCAAGCCUUUUAAUCCAAACACCACAAACGAGGAUGAGGACUCUACUGACGUCAAUCGGCUGCGAGAAGCAGAGACGUACUUCGUCCUGGCUUGCCGCAGACUUGGUGGACUGAAGCAUUCUAUACAGUGUGCCCAAUGCUUUUUCUUCGCUGGAGUCUUCAUGAUGUACACACUUCGUCCUCUCCUAGCGUGGCAGUACUUUAUCCAGGCCUCGAACACCUUCCGACUCUACAUGAAGACCAAGUACAGCCUCAGCUUUGCCGGCGCACAGCCAAGUAUUGAGCAGAUCGCGAGACAGAGCAAAUGUGUUAGACGGCAGGAGGAGGCCAUGUACUGGUCUUGCUUCAAAAGUGAGAGUGAAUUUCGUGUCGAACUUCCGUUGCCGCAGUCCGAGCUCGCCUACGAUCAUCACCUGCAAAUGUUCCCGACGCCACCUUCUCCAGCUGCUGGUCACAAUGCCAGGGAUAAGAUUGAUAUCGGAGAAGUGAGUAGUGGUGGUGUGAGCGACGUGCCUUCCACAGAUAACAGCCACGACUCAGUCUGUUCUGUGGCAUUGAGCCGACUGUACACUGAGGAAGAAAGCUGGUACUACUACCUCACAGAAAUAGCACUCCGACGCAUCGGAAACCGCAUUAUCAACAGCUUCUUCCACUGUGAGCCACGUAAAUGGCUGAACAUACAGCAUUAUCUCGGUCUUGCUCGGGAAUACGACACACAACUGGCUGCGUGGUCCGCUCAUCUGCCCGAAGCUAUGAAACAUUGGGAGACGGCUUCUGCAAUCAGACAACCAGACUCAUUAUCCGCCCAGGGCAAGGGCAACGCAGUCUCUCAAGAGCUGGGGUGGGCGCUAGCCAACAGGCUGCUCGAGGCUAGGAGCUGGCUCUAUCAGCCUUUCCUGUACUGGCUCGUCCAUAGUCCUCUGGUCCCCAGAAACUCUAAAACCAUGCAUCGUCCGACUUGUCAGAGAUUCGUCUCUGAUCUGACGAACAGCAUGACUGCUGAAGACGCCAUGGCGCUCUAUCAGUUCAUCAUCUCGGGUAUUGAGUGCAGCUACCAGAUACUUGAGACUCGAUCCCUUCGACAUCGCCAUCAUGGUCUGUGGUACGAUCUCCGAAGCAGCAUGUGCGUCAGUUUAGUGCUUAUGGCGAUUGUCAAGAGUGGCCAUACGUCAUGGCUGCCUGAUGGUGGGCAAAAGCUCUGGCAGGCGCAGAACCUUGAUCGAGUGCGAGGGUCUCCAUAUCUCCAGGGUGAUGGUUCAAGAGGCAGGCUAGGGCGUGUGAUGGCAGAGUAUGGUUACUGGGCGAAGGAGUGCCCGAGCUUGGAAAGGCAAAUUACCGUACUGAAAGAGGUUAUAGACACUUCGAUAGCAGCCGCGCAAAACCUCGAGUCCUAG